GGUGAAUUUCUAAUUAUUCAUAAUCAUCUGUAGCUGUCGCCGGUAAAUCUUUCAGCUUUAGCUGCGAAAAUGGAGAACAAGGCGAAUCUAAGAGAGUGGUUCGAGCGAGUUGACUCGGAGAAAACCGGAAGCCUCACUGCUCCCCAACUCAAGAGCGCUUUUUCCGUUGGUAACCUGGAAUUUUCUCUCUCCGUCGUUCAACAAAUGAUCAGGAUGUAUGAUUUCGAUAGAAAUGGUACCAUGAGUUUUGAAGAAUUUGUUGCCCUUAACAAGUUCCUGAUCAAGGUCCAGCAAGCUUUCUCGGACUUUGAGAGGGGUCGUGGAUUCCUUGGCCUUGAUGAAGUUUAUGAGGCAUUGGUCAAAAUUGGUUUCUCUUUGGACUCUCCAGCUUUUUGCACAGUGUGUGAGGAUGAAAUAGACAAUCAGUUUAUCAACAAGUUGCCCUUGUUUGGCUGCAACUUAAUGUUGUUUGAUUCCUUCAACAAGAUAAGAGGCUGGGAGGAUUUCUGUCAUGCUUUGGCAUUAGAUUAUGGAAAAGCACUCCUAUUCUCCAUUUUUUUUGCUGUUCUUCAUUUCUUCUGAGAUAACCUAAUUUUUUGUUGGGCUUUUUUCUUCUCCUGUGUCUGGAUGAUGCUGAUUUUUUUCAUUUUGACAGAGCUUUGAUCAGAACAAGAAUGGUAGAUUUAGGCUGGAUGACUUCAUAUCUUUAUGUAUAUUUCUUCAGUCAGCUAGGAAUCUAUUUAAUUCAUUUGAUACAGCUAAGCAAGGCAGGAUUACUCUUGAUCUGAACCAGUUUGUCUACUGCACUGCCAAUUGCAGAAUAUGAUAUCAAACUAUGUGGGAGCAAACAUGGUUAUUGGAUUCCAUAAGAUACCUCUAGAUCCACAAGGACUGCUGUGAUACUUGAUCAAUACCCCCAUUGCAUUCCCAUACCUGAUUUUUCUUAGAGGUGUCAAUCCAUGUACUUUUAAUUACUUCCAACUUGACUGUAUAUUUCAUCUAUUCUUCCUAAUCAGGAAAUGUCUGUUGUGUAGAAAAUUUCGUGUAUAUUGAACGAACUUGUUCCAUAUUUUAAUUUGAUGUUUGGAAUUUGAUUGAGACUUUUAAGUGCUGCCUGAGGUUACUUGUCCAUGUUUUUUUAUUUGUGGAUAAAUUACUGGAGAACGC